AUGAUAUCAACACCGAUAAUAUUUUUCACACUUAUGCUGGUAGAAAGUAGCUCACAAAUAAAUCCGUGUAGUGCUGCUGAAAAAAUUCCCCCAAAAUGGAAAUGCAAGUGCUUAUUUUAUGGCAAAAAGGCUACGAGUGUUACAAUAAAAUGCGUAAAUAGGGAUGACGACAAGCAUUUAAGUUAUAUACCGAGAGUGCCAAACAACACAAAACACUUGUACAUUAAAGGAUAUCGGUUUACAAAUGUAACGAAACAGACGUUCAAAAAUCUGGAAAACAUAAAAUUGAUGAGACUGACUUUACUGGACAAUCGUAUCAGGAACAUCUCCAGAGAUGCACUUUCGGAAAUGAAAUAUCUACGGGAGUUGGAGAUCAGCAGAGAAAUUCUAGUCUCAACAAAAGAAAUUGGCAACAUGUUGCAAGGUGUACACAGGACGAUCAAAACUUUAAGGUUCUUACACAAUACCUGGAAUGAACCCCCUAAUUUUGAUAGGCUUAAAAACAGUUGUCUUACUCACCUAACCUUAUCCUUUAAUUAUUUUCGAACAUUGAUGGGUAAAUGGUUUAAAGGAUUAAGGUGUCUCAAAACUUUAGAUGUAUCCUUUAACGGAAUAUCAGAGAAUAACUACAAUUUUACAGGUUUAGAAAAUCUAAAAAAUUUAUUCUUAAUUGGUAACUGGUUCAAGGAAUUUCCCAAGUUUUGUAAUUCCUCUAUCAAGAAAUUGGAAAAACUUCAUUUUCAGUACAAUAAAUUAACUGAAUUUCGGCCUAGUUACUUUCAAUGUUUAUCGAAAUUAACGUACUUGAACUUAAAUGGACAUGCAAUAAGAAAGCUUUAUAAUAACACUUUUUCGAAUCUAACGUCUUUGAAAGAACUAAAAAUGCAAAAGUUAGCCGGACAACUUUUUCAUAUUGAGGCAAAAGCAUUCAAAAGUGCAUCGCUAAAGAAAUUGAUUUUUACACAAAAUGAUUUUUGGUUUCGAAACGAAAGCACCAAUCCUGCCCCAGAGUACUUUAAGUAUUGUCCAAGUUUGGAGGUUCUAAAUAUCUCCGGGAACACUCUCGUUUUACAUGAAAAAGAAUUCAUUUCUAUGUUAAAGCCUUUGAAAAACUUGAAAACUCUUGGAAUAAGAGGCAUGCGGCUGGUCUAUUUACCACAUGGACUAAUGGAAAAUUUACCUAACUUGACCACACUCGACGCAUCAAAUAACGUUUUAAAUGGGUCUUGGAAUGGGGAAUUGGUGUUUGGAAAUAAGUCUAAUUUAAAAUUUCUUGAUCUAUCUUUUAAUAACAUAGAUAAAAUCACGCUUUUUAAUUUCCCACAGACAUUACUUAAUGGAUUAUAUGAAAGAGGUCUAAACGUCAGUUGGAAUAAAUUUUCGUGCGUUUGCGAUGAUGUGAUUUGGUUUUAUAGAUGGAUGCACUCAAACAAGAAGAAGCUGUCCAUGAUAAAUAAAAUUGCGUGUAGGUCUAAUACACAUGAUGUGGGCACACAAAUAUUGUUUGACCUGACUGAAAGAGACUUAUGCCCUAUUAACCCAGCGUUGGUGAUAGCCAUUAUAACAUUUUGUAGUAUAAUAGCAGCAACGCUUCUUGUAUUGGCGUUGGUGUACAAACUUCGAUGGCACAUACGAUAUUGGCUGCACGUCUUCAAGCAUCACAAAAAGGGAUACGAACUGAUCACAGACGAUCCCGAUUUUUGUUAUGAUAUUUAUCUUGUGUACGCCGACGAAGACAGUGAUUUUAUUUUUAAGAUUACAAUACCGUUUCUUGAGCAAAAAGGGUAUAAACUUUGUGUAAGGUGUCGAGAUUUUGAGGUCGGAAAGUUGCACUGCGAUAAUAUCGUGGACAAUAUUAACCAAAGUAGAAGGAUUCUCUUCGUCCUCUCAAAUCAUUUUGCUAAAAGCAAAUGGUGUGAAUUUCAAAUGCAUUUUGCUUACAACAGAUGCUUGGAAGAAAAAAGAAACAACAUAAUAGUGGCUGUUUUGAGCGAGGUCAGUUAUAAAUACCUUUCGAACACUCUCAAAGUUCUGCUGACGUCAUAUGACUACGCUCUUUGGUCAAAGUCUGACGAAACAGGACAAGCUUUAUUUUGGGGGAAAGUUUUGCGGAAGUUACAGUUUCGACUAGAUCGCACAGAAAGCGCCGAAGUUAUGAUUGGGGACAUUCAAUGAUAAAACGCCAAGUACACUACAAAUAACCCUACAAGGAAGUGCAAUGUACUGAUAAUGACUGUGAUAAAUUCAGGGCAGUCGUGAAAUGCAAAACGUAUGAAUAUUGUCAAAUAUCUGUGAUAUUUCAGUGUUGUUCACCAUAAAUUUAUUUUUUAACCAUCCAUACCUUUUGUUUUUACACAGAAAUCUAUGAUGAUCGAGUACAAACAGGGAAAAAUAGUUUGUCAUUUGUGUUAGAUAUAUAUUUAAUGCUAUUUCGGUCUUAAUUGAUCAAAUUAAUCUAACAAUCAAAUUUAUAUUCGCUGUAAGAUUUCAUUUUU